AGAACCGAACGUAGUAUACCAGUGUACUCGGCGACUUGAAGAAAUAUAUACGCCUUGGUUUAAUAAUUAGAUAUUUUGGCUGUGAUACAACUUACAUUCGGGAUUGAUAGAUUUUUGCAUUCAAAAUAAUAUGAUAAAGUAAGAUAACAUAAAGGACAAAAUAAUAUAACUUCAAAGGAUAAAAGUGUUACUGAACAUUUAAAAUGGGUUUCGAUUUCAAUAGAAGACAGUGGUUGACCAUUAUAGUUAUUUCGAUAGCAGAUUUCUGCAACGCGAUCUGCGUCGCGUUGCAAGCUCCCUUCUACCCGUUAGAGGCAGAAAAGAAGGGUUGCACGGCGACAGAAUAUGGCUUGGUGUUCGGUGUGUUUGAGUUGGUAGUGUUUUUGGUCAGCCCUAUAUACGGUGCGCAUCUCAAUAAGCUGGGCCCCAAGCUGCUCUUCAAUGGUGGCAUUCUCACCACCGGGACAUGUGCCAUUCUUUUUGGGCUACUAGAUAAAGUGGAGGGCCAUAUCCCGUUUAUCGCCCUGAGUUUCCUGAUACGCAUCGUGGAGGCUAUGGGCAACGCGGCCUUCCUGACGGCUUCCUUCGCCAUCAUUGCCAAAGAAUUCCCUAAUAAUGUAGCAAGUAUGUUUGCUUCUCUAGAAACCUUCUUCGGGCUGGGCCUGAUCGUGGGCCCGAUGCUGGGGGGCACCCUCUACUCAUUAGGAGGCUACACCCUCCCAUUCGCGGUGCUUGGAUUCGCUCUAUUCUGUGCUGCUAUCAUGAGCUGUGUGGUGCUACCAAAGUCGCAAGAUGAUGAGGAUGUGAAACCUAUUGGACCGACCAUGUGGGCGCUGUUAAAGAUUCCCGGCGUGCUGCUCUCAGCAUUCAGCAUCAUGGCGACCAGCUUGAGCAUCAGCUUCCUACAGGCGACGCUUGAACCUCAUUUGCGACAAUUCCAACUUUCGCCGAUAAUUUUGGGGCUGAUGUUUGUCAUCAACGGGGGAGUGUACGCCAUCUCAGCGCCAGGCUGGGGGUGGCUCUGCGAUCACCCGGCUGUCAAACAGAAAUACGUCACUGUGAUUGGCUGCGUGUGCGUCUCAGCAGGAUUCCUUCUGAUUGGUCCAGCGCCAUUCCUUAAUUUACCUUCGUUGAAGUGGGUGAUCGUCAGUGGGCUGGUGCUGCACGGUCUCGGCAUGGGGAGCCAACUUGUCGCGUCCUUCUCAGAUGCGCUCAACACUGCUAUUGCCAGCGGCCUCCCGAACUCGAUAGAGACGUACGGGCUGGUGUCAGCCAUGUGGACGUCCACCUUCGCGCUGGGGGCCUUCAUCGGCCCCACGGUUUCCGGGGUCCUGUUCGACUCCAUCGGCUUCCCUAAUUCAACUGUUUUCAUAUUCGUGCUGCACAUCGUUGUGAUGCUAAUGGUUCUUAUCUUCCUGUGGUCAUGCGAGCGCCCCUCCAAGAUGGACGUGUCGGUGUCCGCUGGAGAUCUGCUGCAGCUGGAUGGUACCCUGGACGAGAGCGUGCUGAUUGGAGACAAGUACAACCCACCAAUGAGGGUCAAGAGUCACCGUUGCGGCAUCAGCGUGGGGCAGGCUCGUCCGCCCGCCAUGAACAGCCUCAUAGCUUGCUCGAGCUACAAGAACCGGCGGAGCCCAUGGAGUCAGCGCAUGCCGAAGUACAGGCCCACCUACGGCAGCCUCGACAAUAGAUUCCGAGGCGUCUAUGGCACCUAGGGCUGAGUUAAUGUAGUGUAUGUAAGUAAAUAGGGUCAAUAUAGUCGUUUUAAUUUCUGCAUCCUUGCUACACAUGUUCCUAUAAUUUCUUAAUUUUCGAUAUUGUUUUAUUAUAUAUGUUAAUAAAUUAACUUCGAUAUA